AUGUAUUAAGAGAAGAAGAAGUGGGAAAAUCUCCUCUCAGAUGAUUGCAAUUAAUUGUCAGAGUCUAUGCAUGCUAUUAAUCCCUAUGCAGUAUACUAAACAUAAAAAUAUCUACUAAAUCUCGAAACUCCAAAGAGAAAUUAACUAUUAAGACUUGAUUUUUGCAGCUUGCAAUGCGCCUAUUUUAAUUAUCAAUAGGUUUAUCCCCGCUAUUCUUCCAUUUAUUGCAAUGAAUAAAGCUAAAAAUUGAUGAGGGGUUAGAAGAUGCAUGCUAAAUAGAAAAAUUCCGAUAGUCAAGGCUAAUGCCAAGAGCUAUCUAAUCACAAAAUAUCUUAUAUUCCUCGAGAAAUUUAAAGUUUACUAUUGAAGAACAAACGUGAUAGCUCUGAGGUAAUUGUAGAAAAACAGAGCGAGUAUACAAUCCUAUAGGAGGAAAAGGUACAAUAUGCAAUCUAUGAUUUAACGAAUUUAUUGGUUUUACGGAUAUAUUUCUACAAAAAUAACAUUAAAAUUGAUAACUUAGAGGUGACAUGA